UAUCUAUUUGGAGUGCUAUCAUGUGUCACACUAUAUUCAUCCUUCCCUGUUUUUAAUGCUACACACACUAUAGCUUAUGGGUAAGUUGGUAGUAACUGUGAGAUAUGUUAUAUUCUGUUUUACAUAUCAUCUCCUUUUUUCCCGCCGACAGAGAGAUCUCCAACAUUUUCCAAGUAGAAGUGCGACACACUCGGUCCAGUCUGCCUCAGUAAUGCAGACACACCAAAUUGAGCAGGAAGACCGAUACUCAGAGCUUCAGGCUCCUCCGCUACAGAGUGAGGAAGAGGGCAGUAAUCUCAUCAGACCCCAGAAACCUCUCAAUCCUUUAACGGCCUCCAAGAGUCACCAGGAGCUCCAUAAAGAACUGCGGAUGACCCACAAGAGAAUAGUGUCACAAGAAGGAAAGACUGAACUCCAGAGGGCUUUAGAAAAGAGGAAAUGGGAACAAAGGAUGAAAGCGAGCAGGGAUCAGGAAGAGGCAAAGAAGAACAGGUUGCCACUUCAUCAAGAACUGUUGAAAAGACAUCAGAAGCUAGAAAUGCUGGAGAGAGAGACAGGACAGCAGCGAGAGGGACCAGAGUUCCUCCAAGUCAAAGAGAGACUGAGAAGAACUGCAGCGUUGGAUGCAGGAGAAAAAGAAGUGCUUGCCAGUUGUGAUUCGUGAUUGAAUGUUUUCUGUUGACAGUCACUACAAUGGACUGUUGAUGGGGAUAUCAACACAGAAUAUGAAAUAGCUAUUGGAGGGUUAGGGGUUUUGUGUUAAAACCUGUACAAGAAAUAGAUUAUACAGCUGAGCAUCCAUGGUCAGCAAAACAAUUAGAUAAGGUGAAGCACCUGGCCAGAGCUGCAAAUGUAAAGUAGCAGUUUUUUCUGUUGUGAUCAAUAUUAAAAUAAAUUAGUGACUUCACUUGAAUAACACCAUUAAGUCUACAUGGCUGAAUCAGACUGCUGGAUUGUUAUGUAGACAGUGGUGACAGCUGAGAGCUGCACGUGUACGGUAGCUGUUACAUAUAUAAUUUCUCACUUCCCAACAAUGCAAACAGAAUUUACACCAUAAUAUGUUAGUUUUUGUGUUACUAUUUUGUAAUAUGUCUUGUUUCUGUUUCCAUAAUACUACUACUAAGAUGGACAUUUUUCUAUGUUGUCAGUAUGUGGCAGAGGUUUUAUAGCACAAUUUACAAUCUGUUUUUUGGUGUAUUCAGUUUUCAUACACAUUUCAUUGUUUUAUACAGCCAUGUUAGAUCGGUUUUGUGAUGUUGUGGAGUGUAGCAUCAUCAAUUAAGUGGUGGUCUAUUCAGGUAUAUUUGUCUGAGCUUUCAAGAGGGCACUGACAUGAUGUCUGGCAAUGUGAAUGAGGUCCACACAGAGAGUUAUUGUAAUUCCAAGUUGACUAUUAAAAUGACUUUUGUGUC